AUGCUCACGCCCAGCGACUGUCAGUGUGGCCACACGCAUGGGGUCGAGCCUGAUCAUGUCAAUACGGAAGAGCAACUUGAUCAGCCGGCGCCGUCCUUAGCAUAUCAAUUAUGGCAGCCCUGGCGAUUUAUUGUAAUGAAUCCGCUACCAAUGUUCACAGCGUUCGUUGUCGUAAACAUCAUCUUUGUGACGGUCGGAGGACUAUUCCGUCUAUUCGUACACCUGUUGACUCUUCCUGGAUUGCUGGUGGCACUUCUACUGGGUCUCAUACUCACUAUUCGACGAGUGGCUUCGCUCAUGGCUUACCCUGGCCAACUGAAGCUGGUAAUUCGAGAAGGUGAAGCCAUGUUUGCUCGGUUGACAAAACGCCGUCUUCAGAUCUUUGCUGAGGCAGCAUCGGAGCUGGCAGUGGUGUUGGAUCCCACUUCUAGCAAUAAACCAAUGAGAUUACGCUUUUUACAGGUCCAUCAGAACUUCGCUUUUGCUUUAGAGACGAUGAUGCUACCAGUACUGCAGUCGCUAGAGAUUGUGGAACGAGAUGGAAAUUUGGGUGCAAACGGGGGUAAAUUGCUGAGAGUUUUACGGGAGAUCGUAAAAUUGAACUCGCAGAAAUUGGCUGAGCCCUGUUCAAAGUUGUGCUCAGUGUCGGAAAUGGCGUUCGAGACGCAGAGAGUGAGAAUGUUUACUGGAGACGAGAUAGCAGAUCCAGUAUCGACGGAGCAACCACGAAUGAAGCUAUUUGGAGGUUCCUCGAAGCCUAUGCUGAAGAGAUCGACCACCGUCGACUCGGCAACACUAGAGGCUGAAGCAGCAGCGAAACCCAAACUUGCUAAAGCUUUACAUCCGCUGGGUGCGUUUGCAGUGACGGUGCGACGACUUCAGGCUGCGAUUACGCUGAUUGGAAGGCCGCAGACGAAUGCGCCAGCGACUAGAAGUGUGACCUGGAUUGCUAAGGAACUUUGUCGUGGAUCGACUCCUGAGGUCGACCAUAUUGCAACGCUCGAGAUGCUCCGCGCUGACAUGACCGUGUUCUUUAAAGCUGAGCAGAUCUGGAUUCCAGGCUACCAAGGUCAUCAGGUGGAUGCGAUGUUAAUGCCUCCAGCUUCAAGUGGCCGUGAUGCUGUUGACCGCCCUGUUGUCGUUUUGUGCAACCCUAACGGCGGGCUGUACGAGUUCCAUCACUUGCAAAUGGAUUGGAUCAAGUUUUACACCGCGGAUCUGGACUGUCACGUUCUUGUGUACAACUACCGCGGGUACGGGCGUUGCAAAGGUUCGCCGUCUCCAUCAAUGCAUAAUCUAGAUGGAUUAGCUAUUGUCGAUUAUCUCAAAAACGUACGUAAGAUCGAACGAGUUGCUGUCCACGGCGAAUCGAUUGGGGGUCUGGUGGCCACGUAUGUGGCUCGCACGUCACCUCACGUGAGUGUGCUCAUUGCAGACCGCACCUUUUCAACUGUGCCGGCGCUUGCCCAGCGCAUGAUCGCAAGGUGGGCUGGCACUGUAGUUGACUGGGUCAUGCGUUGGGAAACGGACAACGUGCAGAAUUACUUGGACGCUACCUGUGCCAAGCUGUUAUGUUCGGAUCCAUGCGACGAGAUCAUCCUGGAUGGAGCCUCGCUCAAGUCUGGCGUAGCUCUAAGCCUUGAACUAGGAGAGAAGACGUUUAAUCUUCCUCGUCAACGCGAAGCUGACGGCUUACCAACCUCGCCAGCAUCGCCAAAGAACAUUCUGCUCAAAAUUCGGACACAAUGUGAUCCCCACAGCACUCGUCGUGUCAGCGAAGCUGCGAGUCACCCACAACUAGGCCAGCCGUUGACAGAGACUAUAGUGGCACGCUUUAGUGAAGCCGUUUUAUCUGUUGGCAGACGGGCGCUGGAGUAUUCUUCCGAUCGCGAUGAUAGGGAAGCUGGUGGCCAUGAUAGGAAGACGAUCGAAGAAACGAAAAGUUUCGGCAAAACAAUUGAUGCUGCGACUAGCUCGAGCCAUGUUGCAAUUUCAGUGGAGAAUGUCGCAGCUACUACCAUUGAAGAGAUCGCCGCGGAUAAUGAGCAAUGUCCAAUGCUCUCUUCAGACCUGAUUGAAGCACUAGCUCCCGUUGCCACGACUGCUGCAUUUCCCAACGAGCUCGUGGCUGUCGUCUGGAUGCAGCUCGCUCGUCUAGAUGGCUACUGCGGUCAAGUUCUUCUUCAAGCUGCAGAGAACGGUGGGCAUGACAAGAUCCGCGCUUGGACUGCGUCGUUACUGACAUGGGGUGGUCGCGUGACCCCUACACGCAGGAACGUGCGUUCGGUGGAGCCUUUUGACCGAGGUGGCAUUUUCAUUGUGCCAAUAAUGGUUGCUGAGGUGUACACGACGUUGCAGCAUCUUGUAGAGCAGUACCCGUCUCUCAAAUUCGACUACGAUAUUGGUUUCGUGGUGCUAAUGAUCGAGUAUAUAAAUGACACGUUGCAGCGACGAUGGCAUCAUUUGGACAGCCCUUCAACCGACGAACGUGACGUAACAAGCGAAAAUGUACAAAAGAACAACAAGAAGACCAACCAAAAUGUCGCUACAGAGCAAAACAAGACAGCCGUUUCGUUAUUGAUAGACACCGGUGAUCCCAUGUUAGGCUGUCUUUUACCACUACACUGCGGCCACAACAAGAACUAUGGAGACGCAGAGAAGAAAGCACUGAUUGGUUUCCUACGGCAUGCAGGCUUUGUAAAUUAG